AUGUGCUGCCGAGACACUCGCUCACAGUACACGGUCCUGGCGCCCAACAUCUUCUGUUCAGACAUCUACCCCGUCUACGGCCUUACUCGUGACAACUUCACUUCGCUCAAUCCCACUGUGAACUGCAUCGAUCCUCUGCCAGUCGGCCUGACAGUCAAUGUCACCCCCAAGCCCGGACUCGCCCCCUGCACCGUCUACUACACCACUGUCCCGGACGACACGUGCCAGUCCAUAGGAGAGUACUUCAACCUCAACGACUGUCGCAGCAAGGACCCCUCCUGCGCCACAGUCGUGCAGAGCCUCAACCCGGGCUUCAGUUGCCAGGGUGGGGCGCAGGUGCAGCCGAACCAGGCGGUGUGUGUGGAACGGCGGGCAGGGGCGGCGGGGAAGGCGGGGCAGGUGAUACCGGUGUGCUCGCAGUACUACCUGGUGCAGACCGCCGAGACGUGCGAUGCCAUCCGCAGUGUGCCCUCCCCGCCGCUCUCCCCGCUCGACUUCUUCCGCCUCAACCCCGGCAUCAAGUGCAACCGCCUCGUGCCCGAUGCUGCUGGCCUGGACUUGCACACCGGCUUUGAGGCGUGCAUACAGGUAUCGGGUGAGUACACGGUGGGGAUCUGCCCAAAGAGCAAGGGGCUCACAGCAAGUGGGAGUGAGCGCUGCAGCUUCAUCCAGAUCAAAUACUUCCGGGGCAUUCGGGGGUGCUACAAGCGCAUCAACGGAUACGAGUGCAUCGAUAAAAUACCCUCAGGCGCCAAAAUUUGCCUGCCAGACCAAACCAGGAUUCGCCAAGGUGUCUGCACAGUCUAA